CUCUCUGUGCUCUCCUCUCCCUCUCCCCUCUCCCUUGUAUGUGUCUCUGUUGUAGGACUGGCUAUGGCCACCACUACUUCCGGGUUCCGUCAUUUCAUUCUCCCGCCGAUCAGCGCUGCAAAACUGAGCCUCUUCUAUAAGCCAGCCAGCAGCCAACCUGCCAACACUUACUGACACUCACUCAUCUCAGAGAGAGAGAGAGAGAGAGAGAGAGACAAAAUACCUACCAGGAAAAAGAGAGAGAGAGAGAGAGAGAGAGAGAGAGAAAGGGGGAAGUCCAGGUUUUGCAAACUAUUCAAUUUUUCUUCGCAUCUUUCCCCACCCCCCUUCCUAGUACUUUAAAAAAAAAAAACCCAAUAGCGAUCCUAAAAGGCAAAACCCAAACGCGGAGUUACUGGAAGAAGAAACCGGGGUUAAAAAGAUUCCUCCUCUCUUCUUCAUCAUCAUCAACCAUCAUUCAUUCACUACCUUGACAUUCCCUGGCUUUGAUUGACAGCUGGAGUGGCAAAAAGCCAUGAGACACGACAGUUUGGUUACAUGUGGGUUGCUGACGGGCCGAUCGUAACCUUCAGUUUGGGGGCUUGACAAUUUUUUUUUUUUUUUUUUUUUUUUUGCUUAGAGAAAGAAAACAGGAAAAAGAGAGAGAGAAAGAGAAAAAGGAAAGAGAGUGAGAGAGAGAAAAAAGAAGAAAUACACAACCAUCGUGGUUCUUGGCUGAUUAUUUUUUAUUAUUGUUAUUAUUAUUGUUAUUAUUAUUAUUUACCCAGACUGGAGAAUAGGCGAAGUCUAUAAGUGGGUUGCCAAAAAAAGGAAUCUUCUUCACUGUAAAUCACUUUCUUUUCUGGACUGGGAUAUUAAAUAUACGACACAUCCAGGAGUUUAUUGGAGCGCAGACUGAUGGCGCAAAGGUACGAUGAGCUGCCCCAUUACGGCGGGAUGGACGGAGUAGGGGUGCCGGCUUCCAUGUACGGAGACCCUCACGCUCCCCGGCCGAUCCCCCCGGUUCACCACCUGAACCAUGGGCCUCCGCUACACGCCAGCCAGCACUAUGGAGCCCACGCCCCGCACCCCAAUGUCAUGCCGGCCAGCAUGGGAUCGGCUGUCAACGACGCCUUGAAGCGGGACAAGGAUGCGAUCUACGGGCACCCGUUGUUCCCCCUGUUAGCGCUGGUCUUUGAGAAGUGCGAGCUGGCGACCUGCACUCCCCGGGAGCCUGGUGUGGCCGGCGGGGAUGUCUGCUCCUCGGACUCUUUCAACGAGGACAUCGCGGUCUUCGCUAAACAGGUCCGCGCUGAAAAGCCACUUUUUUCUUCAAACCCAGAGUUGGACAAUUUGAUGAUCCAAGCAAUACAAGUACUAAGGUUUCAUCUUUUGGAAUUAGAAAAGGUCCACGAGUUGUGCGAUAACUUUUGCCAUAGGUACAUUAGUUGUUUAAAAGGAAAAAUGCCAAUCGAUCUAGUUAUUGACGAAAGGGAUGGCAGCUCCAAAUCUGACCAUGAAGAACUCUCAGGAUCUUCCACAAAUUUAGCCGACCAUAACCCUUCAUCUUGGAGAGACCACGAUGAUGCAACCUCAACGCAUUCAGCAGGCACACCGGGGCCCUCCAGUGGGGGCCAUGCUUCCCAGAGUGGAGACAACAGCAGUGAGCAAGACUGCCAACCAAAUGAACACUUUAGGAGGAGGUGUAUAUAUAUGUCCGCAGCACCCAGAGGGUUAAUCCACCCCAUUGUGCAUAAGUGUUGGAGCUCUUAUGGGGAUGGUUUAGACAACAGCGUAGCCUCACCUGGUACAGGGGAUGAUGAUGAUCCAGACAAGGACAAAAAGCGUCAGAAGAAAAGAGGCAUUUUCCCCAAAGUAGCUACAAAUAUCAUGAGAGCGUGGCUUUUCCAGCAUCUCACACAUCCAUAUCCUUCAGAGGAGCAGAAGAAACAGUUAGCCCAAGACACAGGACUUACAAUUCUACAAGUAAACAAUUGGUUUAUUAAUGCCAGAAGAAGAAUAGUACAGCCUAUGAUUGACCAGUCAAAUCGAGCAGGUUUUCUUCUUGAUCCUUCAGUGAGCCAAGGAGCAGCAUAUAGUCCAGAGGGUCAGCCAAUGGGAAGCUUUGUAUUGGAUGGUCAGCAACACAUGGGAAUCCGGCCCGCAGGACCUAUGAGUGGAAUGGGCAUGAAUAUGGGCAUGGAUGGGCAAUGGCACUACAUGUAACCUUCAUCUUGUAAACCAAUCGCAAAGCAAGGGGGAAGUUUGCAAGGCAUGCCAGGGGACUGCGUCUCUCAGGGUGGUCCUAUGGGUAUGAGUAUGGCACAGCCAAGUUACACUCCUCCCCAGAUGACCCCACACCCUACUCAGUUAAGACAUGGACCCCAAAUCCAUUCAUAUUUGUCAAGUCACCCCCAUCACCCAGCCAUGAUGAUGCACGGCGGACCCCCUACCCACCCUGGAAUGACCAUGUCAGCACAGAGCCCCACAAUGUUAAAUUCUGUAGACCCCAGUGUUGGUGGACAGGUUAUGGACAUUCAUGCCCAAUAGUAUAAGGGAACUCAAGGGAAAAAAACAAACAAAAUAUCAAACCUAUUUGAAGACUUUUGAACUUUGACCAGAUAUUGACACUUAAAACGAAAUUCCAGACAGCUGUGAUUAUUUUUUACUUUUGUCAUUUUUCAUCAACAACAGAGGACCAAUGAGAAAAGAACAGAAAUGUGAAAUCAUGGGCUCACUGAAACAAUUAUGUCCAUGUAAAGAUCCUCUGAGGGAAAAAAACAAAAAACAAACAAAAAAGACUCCAAGAGUUAUAACUACUGUAGUAUAAACAUAGGAACUAAGUUAACUUGUACAUUUCUGUUGAUCACUCCGUUAUGUUGCCUCAAAUAGUUUUAGAAGAAAAAAAAUUCCUUGUUUUCCACACUAUGUGUGUUGUUCCCAAAAGAAUGACUGUUUUGGUUCAGCAGUGAAGUCACUAUCCAUGAAAGACUACAGUAUAUUUCAGACCCGUUUUGGCCAGUCAGAAAAGAAUUACCCUGGAGUUGAAGAUGAAAAAUCUUGCUGGGUCUCUCAUCACUCAGAAGACAGUUCCAAGAAGGCCUUGCCAUCCCCUGGUUUUGUUCCUUCAUAAAUGUGUCCUUUAGUUUCAAACAGAUCUUUAUAGUUUGUGCUUCAUAAACCCAUUUUGUGGACUCUUCUUCAAAGAGCUUGCAGGUGAAGAUUUAAAAGACAAAGCAGGAGCUUCUUCCAGUAGUUCUGAGCCUUGGCUUUGGACAAAACAAAACUAAAAGUUGGGCAGCUUUCCUCAAUGAAAGAAGUUACUAAUGGUCUUUGCACCAAACCUAGAACUUUAUCAUGAACUCAAAGCUUGGGAAAAAAGCAAGAGAAUACUGUAACAAACUUCGUACAGAGUUCGGUCUAUUAAUUGUUUCAUGUUAGAUAUUCUAUGUGUUUACCUCAAUUGAAAAAGAAAAAAAAAAGAAUGUUUUGCUAGUAUCAGAUCUGCUGUGGAAUUGGUAUUGUAUGUCCAUGAAUUCUUCCUUUCUCAGCACGUGUUCCUCACUAGAAGAAAAUGCUGUUACCUUUAAGCUUUGUCAAAAUUUACAUUAAAAUACUUGUAUGAGGACUGUGACGUUAUGUUUAAAAAGACGGUGUUAAGUCACAAAAUGCGGUAAUAAAUAUUUCAUUUUUGA